GUGAUAAGAAGUGGAAGGCAUGGGAAAGAGAUCCUGGGUCCGAGCUAUGAAAUGCCAGCUGCUGGUGACCAGCCUCUUCAUUAUGCUGCUUGGGGUAUCAGUUGGCAUACUGGCCAUUAUCACCCACAGUGGGAAACACUUCACUGUUAUAAAUUCUGCCUCUUCAGAGACAAAUUCCUAUUAUAGAAAUUUCCAUACUAUUGUUUCCUACGUCGGGAUGUGUCUGAGCAUCAUUCUGGCUAUGGCUUCUCUGAUGAGCAUUGUUGCCACAAUAAAAGAGCUGGAAGGUGCCAUGGCAACUUGUUUCUUCUGUUUUACUGUGGUUUUCUGUGCUUCGGGAAUGGCCACAUAUUGGACUGUUACCAACAGCAUUGUGGUGGAAAAUGCCAUGAUUGAUGUAUAUGAUGCUGUUUAUGAAGAUGUGAGAAACAACAUUUCCAGCACCAGAAGGCAUGAGCUAUAUUCCAUUCACAAGAUAUUUCUAUGUUGUGGGAAGAAAUCGCCCUUUGGAGAAAGAAACAACACAGAAUAUGAAAUGUGUACAUCAGAAAUUCUGGAAAUAGAAGAAGAGGAUUGUCUCCAAGAAAUCAAAUACUUCCUGAAAAAGCAUAUGGACAUUAUCUCUGUACUGAUGACCAUCACAGUUUACUUCAUGAUUUAUGGGAUGGCAUUAACUUCAUUCCUUUGGUACUCUAUCCAUUGUAAGAACAAUUUGGAUCGAAAGGGCAAAUAUGUCCUGGCAAAGCUAUCUGAAACUGGCUUCUGACCUGCACAGAAGAAGGACCAGGACUUUCCAUAGAUACACAGACAGAAGCAGCCAGCAAUGGAGGCUAUGGGGAACAGGAGAAAGAGGAUCAGGUUCCAAAUUCUUCUUUCCAAGAUGAGAACCCAGAGAGGAAAUCCAAAAUAUCCCUGUCAGCAUUGGCAUGCAAGGGAGAGGCCUAAGGAUUGUGCCCUAAUUAAUCUCAGGCUAAAUGCUUGGACCUUCCAUCCACCCCCACCUUUUGAUCAUAACAAAUUGAGCUAAUUUGUAAUCUAGGGCUUGAUUGUGUAGUUUGGGGGUCAAAAAAUUGAUCCUUCACAUGUUAAACUAUUUGAUUACGCUCAGUGGUGG